GCAACACUGAUCAAAUUGUCAGUCUCAAUGUUAUUUGCUCUUGUACAUUUUCAAGAUUUUUGUCUGUUUUGUACAUCUAUUUUCUCAUGAUCGCUAUGAAAAUGUUGUCUUUUGAAAUAUAAAUCGACGCCAUUCAAAUAUUAUAAAAUUAAAUAUAAUAAACAUGGAAGUUAUACACAGAUCCCUACGACAACAAACUCUGCGUAGUACUAUUGAGGAUCUUCCAGAUGAAGUAUUGGAAUUUAUAUUGAGUUUUUUGCCUCCUUACAAAGACUUACAAAAUUGUAUGACUGUUUGUAAACGAUGGUAUAACUGUGCUCAAAAUGUCUUACGUAAAACAUCUUUAAAACUCAUUAAAGCAGUAGGAGAAUUCAAUAUAUUAUGGAAAAAUAUUGCCCCAGUUGACAUGGGACCUACAAUAACAAAAAGAUUUUCACAUGCAGCGUGUGUACUUGAAAACAAUAUGUACAUAUUUGGAGGUUGUACUACUAAUGCUACAUCAUUUAAUGACCUGUGGCGUUUUGAUCUGUCUAUUCGCCAAUGGAUAAGGCCAUUGGCCACAGGAACAUAUCCAGUACCAAAAGCAUAUACUUCCAUGGUACAUUAUAAAGACUGUUUGAUAGUAUUUGGGGGAUGGGCUUACCCUUCAUUAUCACAAUAUUAUCAGAAUACAACUAUGUUUAAUGAGAUACAUUUUUAUUGUGUUAACACUAAUAGGUGGAUAUUGAUUAAUUCCAUCAAUAGCCCACCUCCAAUGGCAGGGCAUUCUGCUUGCAUGAAAGGAGAUGAAAUGGUAGUAUUUGGUGGGAUGGUAAUGUCAGCAACACAAAACCUUCAAAUACAAUGUUCUAAUGAUGUUUGGGUACUUGAUUUACCCACUCUAACCUGGAGAAAACAGCCUACUACCAAACCUAGACCAUCACCAAGAUAUGCACAAUCAUUAAUUCGAUUAGACUCUGAAAGGUUGAUGUUAUUGGGAGGCGUCCAGACUUUGCAUAACCGGUUUAUUUAUAAUGAUUGUUGGAUUUUAACAAUGAAAGGACCUACUUGGACCUGGAAAGAACUGGCCGUGAAAAAUAAAGAAUGGGCAGCUGCUAAUAUAUGGUGUAAUCCUGCAUGUAGGGUUGGAGAUAAAGUUGUUAGUUUGAGUAGAAGUAGAAAUGGAUGGAAUUGUGCCAAACCAUUAGUCACAUCAGCUGUUCGUUUAUCAGCUUUAAGUAGACCAGAAGGAGCACCUGUAUCAGUUAGAGUGGAACAAAGCUUACAAAGACCAUUAGAUAGAGAUCAAAAUAUAAAUGGAAGAAGAGGUGUUUUACCUAGACAAGCCUUGGCAAGGCAAGUACAGGAAAAUAAUCCAAAUGAACCAAUAGCUGGUCCCAGUAAUGAGCAAAUUAGAAAUCAAAAUCUAGUGGUAUCUGAUGAAAAUGCCAGCUGUGAAGCCAAUAAUAUUCCAGGACCUAGCUCUGAAAUGAAACAAGCAAGUAAUAGUGCUGAUUUGAUAAGAAAAGAUUCAUCUUUUAGAAGAAACAAAAAUAAGAAUAAAGGUAUGAAGAUUGUACGACAAUUACAAGAAGCUAACAAAUACCGGAUGGCAGCAUUUGCUUGUGAUUCAUCUUUAAAUAAUACAUCACCUGAAAAUGAUCUCAUAAAUCAAAGACAAAUUGCUAAUUUAGAAAAUAGAAGAGAACCACUUCCUCCCCCACCAAAUCCACAACAAAGGCAACCAGCUGUCAAGAAAAUAAAAAGAAAUACAUUAACUAUGCAUGUGUUGGAUAUUUCAAGUAUCAUAGAUGGAAACUCUCUUAAUUAUGUGUCUUGGUUAUGUCCUCGCUUGGGAGAGAUGAAUGGAGCUCCAGAAGAAUUAGUCAUGUAUUCUUUAGUAAAAGGAAAUGGCGAAUUGAUUAUGUUUGGAGGUGUUCACAAUGAUAUUAGUGUUUUAAAUUAUAAUGAACACCAAAGUAUGUAUUCUAAUUCACUCCAUUUCAUUACACCUCCAAGAGAUGUAAUAUGAUUAUUGAAUAUAAAAAAAAUCUGUGUGAUAAUGUCACUUUAAGAAAGCACUUGAAAUGCCAAUAAACUGUGCAGUAUCAAAUUAUGUAUGUAAAUAUAUUAUGCUUAAUUACAAAUUAGGAAGAAAUUAUCAUAAUUUUUUUAUGUGCAACUUUUAAAAUUUUAUAUUUGUAGUAGUUUCAAUUUUUUAUUUUGCAAUUGAAUAAUAAUACCUUAUAUUUGCUUAAACUUAUUACUUUUCACUAAUGAAUUUCAUUAUAUAAAAUACAAUGUUCUGUGAUUUCAGUUGUAAAUAAUAAUGGUUUGUGUAUAGGAAAGAGUAAUUCAAUAUAAAUAUUAAAGUGUAACUGAAUAUGUUUAUAAAUAAAAAGUUGAUUUAUUAAUGGA